UUUUUGUUCUUAGCAGAUAAUAUAUACUAUUUUUAUCCAAAAAAAAUGAAUUUUUAGAUUCUAUAAAAAGGCAAAGGUUGUGUCUUUGGUACAUCACAUCCCAAAGCAUUAACAUAGCUCUCUUCUCUCUUACUCCAUUACCCUCUUUGGUGCUCUGUUUCUUAACUUGAAUAUGGAAGGAGCUGUUGAAAUCAUGUUGGGAAAUGGAUUACCAGAGAUUCACAAAGACACGACCAGGACUGUCCACUCCAACCAGCAGGACUGGUACGAAGAAACCAUCGAUGAUGAUCUCAAGUGGUCUUUUGCCCUCAACAGUGUUCUCCAUCAAGGAACUAGUAAGUACCAAGACAUUGCUCUGUUGGACACCAAACGGUUUGGAAAGGUACUUGUGAUUGAUGGGAAAAUGCAAAGUGCAGAGAGAGAUGAAUUUAUCUACCAUGAAUGUUUGAUCCACCCGGCCCUCCUUUUCCACCCAAACCCGAAAACGGUGUUUAUAAUGGGAGGUGGAGAAGGCUCUGCUGCAAGAGAAAUACUAAAACAUAAGACCAUCGACAAAGUGGUCAUGUGUGAUAUUGAUCAGGAAGUUGUUAACUUUUGCAAGAAAUUUCUAACCGUUAACAGCGAAGCUUUUUGUAACAAGAAGCUUGAACUUGUGAUCAAAGAUGCAAAGGCUGAAUUAGAGAAACGAGAAGAGAAGUUUGAUGUAAUAGUGGGAGAUUUAGCGGAUCCAGUAGAAGGUGGACCAUGUUAUCAGCUCUACACCAAAUCUUUUUAUCAAUACAUCCUCAAACCAAAGCUCAGCCCCAUUGGAAUAUUUGUGACUCAGGCUGGACCAGCCGGGAUAUUUACACACAAGGAGGUCUUCACAUCAAUUUACAACACCUUGAAGCAAGUCUUCAAAUACGUGAAGGCUUACACAGCACACGUACCAUCAUUUGCUGACACGUGGGGAUGGGUAAUGGCAUCAGACCAAGACUUUAAGUCUGAAGUUAAGGAAAUGGAUCGAAGAAUCCAAGAGAGAGUGAAAGGAGAAUUGAUGUAUUUGGAUUCUCCUUCCUUCUUCUCUGCUGCUACCCUCAACAAGACCGUCUCUCUUGCGUAAAUUCAGUUUUCUCUUUCUUUUAAAGCUUUGAUUGGUAACGUCAUAAAUUAUAUUUUUAACAUCCGAUUUUGUUAAUUUAGUUAUUUACAAAAUUAAAAUUAAAUUGGACAGACUAGAGAAGGAGACAGAAGUUUAUAGUGAAGAGAAUGCGAGAUAUAUUCAUGGUCAGGGUGUGGCGUACCGGGAAUAAUUGAAAAAAGAACCCGAUUUAUUUUAGAUUAAGAAACCAGUUUUCUUUUCUCCGCAUAUAAUCAAAUGUUGUCCUAAAUAAGUUUGGGUGGGUUUUAUUUAAUACACUAGGUAUGACUUGCGUAUACACCCGAGUUUAUAAUAUACUUUUAAA